UCUGUAGCAGAAGCCGUAUUUUUUUCAACCUGACUGACUUGACAGCGCUGACGGAGCCAAAUGCGCGUAAAAGUUGUCCACUCCUCCUCCUCGUCCAUGAGGCUCGUUUGGCUCCAGAUAUAAACACAGAGCUGCUGUCUGUGGCCGCUGCGCUCCUCAGGCUCCUCAUGCUCCUCAGACUCCUCACUACCAGCACAGUCUGAUCCAAGAGGCCGAAAAACAGGAGAAAAAGAGCAGGAGGUGAAGAUCUGUGGCCCAUUCAGGAUGGAGGAUUCUCCAUCCAAGCCAUCUGUGGCUGAGCUGGCUGGAAGGUUCAAAGGUCACAUUCUACCAAUGCCCAGCUCAAAUGACGAGUUGCCGUUUCGAAGAAGACCCCCGUGUUCCCUGAAGUUACAAAAUCAAAAAGAUGAUAAUGAAGAAUCAGAUAAAACUAUCGUCUCACCGAAUCCCUUUAAAAUCAAGAUGAAGAACUCCUCCGUCAUUGAGAAACUUCAGGCCAAUCUUGCUCUGUCACCCACUGCUCUGCUGCCUUCACCCAAGAGUCCUGAGGUGAAGCUCCAGCCGGCGCCGUCGUCCCCCGACACACCCUGCUGCCCGCAGAGCCCCCUGAGCCCCACCCUGCGGCCCUCACAUCAGUCCAGUGAAGAGGAGGAUCCCAUCAGCUUCGACAGCCCUCCUGAAGGCGCCCCGCUGCCGAGCUUCAACAAGACUCGUGCACGGCUAUCAAUCAAAAGGCGCCCACCCACGAGACAGCACAGGAGGUCAGCUGGAGAGGAGGCGGGAGCCUUCGGGAGUACUCUGUCCCCAUGUGAACUGUACAGCCCAAAAGAAAAUGGGGACAUGGACCCGGUUUUUGAAUAUGGACAGCCGGCAAUUCUAAAAGAUGCUGAAGAGAAGGACAGGGACUGUGAAAAAACAGAGGACGACGUAGCAAAGAGUGACCCCCAUGACAGGGGAGAUGUGGGGGAGGAGCAGGACGCAGAACAAGCCCAGAACUUGGAGGCUUUGGAGGGGGAACAGCAGCCUUCAUCAGAGCCUUGACCUGCCAAGCAGAUAGAGGGCAAUGUUCAGAUGGGAAGGAGGAGAUGCCUCGGGAGGAGCACCAAGGAGGAACUGACAUGGUGUGAACUGUGAAUGUUUACUUUAAGAAAAUAUAUAUACAUAUAUUUAUGAACAUACAUAUAUUUGAAUAAGUUAUUCAAUGCUUUGAUUAAGAGAACUCUUAAAAUACUCCUCAGAAAAAGUUAAUCCGUUUUAAUUUCUUGGUACCUGCUCUUUUUAAGUCCCUCUGCCGCCCUCUCCUGGCCGUCUACAGAACAGGUCUAUAAACACUGGAGAGAUUCGAGAAGCAGCUGUUCUCUGCACAUGGAAAUAAGCAUCACAGUUGAUACUGUGUCCAUUAUCAGCCAGAGGAAAUUUGUGUCAUAUUCUGUCAAGUCUGCACGACCAGACUCCUGUUUUUUUUAUGACAAAUAGCAUUUUUUUCUUUGCAAAUCAAAGACAUUGAUAAGAGUGCACUUCCAUGUCAGAAGUAUCUGUCAUGUAAAGGACUUUUGAAAUACUGAAUGCUGGGUUGACAAAAGGCAAAAUAUUACUAGACUUCAUAUAUAUAUAUAUAUUAGCAGAUAUAUAAAAAGUUCUGACAUUGAUGGGUAUGAUCAUACCGAAUUCCUAUCACCUUAGGUUGAAAUCAUGUACUUUACUUAUAUAGAUUUCUUUUGAUGUAUGUCAGUCGAAUUUUCUGCGUGUCUUUCAUUUUGUAUUCUGCACAGUAUCUAUAUUCCAGUGCUACUGUGGAGUGGCUCGGGCCCUCAGCAAUUAUGCACAGAAAUGUUAAGAAAAUAAAUGGCUUCCUUCUUCUGUAA